GGAAAAACUAAAUUAACGGUUUCUCUCUGCCUGGACAAAAAUGGCGCUUCUCGGAUCCAACAUAGCCAGUGAGGUCGGGCUUCGGCUGCUGCUCUGUCCUCUUGGUUCUAACAUUGUUAUUCGAACAGCGUGUUGUUCUGUUGGGAUUGUUGUACCGGUAUACUGUACAUGCAAGGCAAUUGAGAGGAAAGAUGAAACUGCACAACAGAAGUGGCUUCUUUAUUGGGCGGCUUAUGGAUCUUUCAGCCUUGUGGAAAUAUUUUCAGAUAGGCUUAUAUCAUGGUGCCCAUAUUACUAUCACAUGAAGUUUGCCUUUCUUGUUUGGCUCCAACUUCCAUCUGCUGAUGGGGCGAAGCAGUUAUACAUGAACCACCUACGCCCGUUCUUUUUGAGGCAUCAAACUAAAGUUGAUAGAAUUUUGGGCCUUACAUAUGGUGAAUUGCUCAAACUCAUUAGUGCACACCAAGGAGAGAUCCACUAUGCUAGGGCUAUGUUCUUGAAAGUUUUUGGUUCAGAUCAGAUGCCGAGGGGCAGGGCUAAUACAGAUCUGCCACAGAACGAUGCAAUUGAAGGGCCGCCUAGAACAACCAGAGAGUCUGACUCCGGUCUAGAUGAUUAGAUCUGCUUAAAAGGGAAAAUGUGCAUAGUUUUGAACUCUUUCUUUUCCCCUUGAAAGAGAAAAGAGUAGAGACAAGAGACUAUUCUCUCCUCUUUUGUGAUAAGGUAGCGGUAGAUUGAUUGUGUUAUUAUUGUUAGUAUUUUGCUGUGGUACAACUUAUUCUCUGAUUUGUGUUUUACUAGGUAAUUGCUGAGGCAUGUUCUCUCUUCCUUAAGAAAAUCAUGUAUUGAGUUAUGAUGGUGAUAUAGGCCAUGGUGACGGGACAUUUAAACCUUUCUUA